AAUUUUCUUAAACUUAGAAGGAAAUAACAUUUCUCUUUAAUAAUAACAUCAACAGAAUUUUACUAAAAUAAGGUAGUUAGAUUAUUUAGAUUUAGACUCAUGACUUCUUUUUUAUUCAGUAAUGUAAGCCUACCAAUAAAUUUUAUUUUAUUAUUAUUUUAACUUAAUUAACUAAGCUAAAAUUACCAAUUUAAAUUUUAACUUUGUAUAAUUGGCAUUUUUUGAAUUCAUUUUUGUUGAAUCCUUGAUGUUUUCUUUUAGAGUUUUAACAAUCAUUCAUAAUAAUAAUUCAUUAUCAUGUCCUGAUUGACUCAAAUCAUUUUAUUACUCAUAAGUAUUUAGUAUACUUAUUAGUCAUUUACCAGUAAUUUCGACUGUUGGUUGACUUUGAGUCUUGAAAAAAAAAAAACGACUGUAUUUUAGUGAAUGAACUAUGGCUGUAUGAGUGUACAGUAUGUAUAAUGUAUACUUUUAUUGUAUGAACUGUAUGAAGUAUCAGUAUUAUUCAAAUUCAAUGAUUCAUAUUCAUAUACUAAAACUAACUACUCAGGCUUAGGCCUAGCUAACUUAGCUUAUUAACUUACUAUAGACUAUAGACUAUACUAUACUAUAUUCUACCAUUGAUUGAAUUGAGUGAAUAUAUAUAUUUUUUAAAGUGCUACUAACUACUAGUUUUACUAUUUAUCCUACUAAACUACUUCUGUAUACUUUUAAUUAACUUAAACUUUAAUUUUAAUCUUAGUUACUUUAUUUAUUUAUAAUUUUUUAAAUUUAUAAUUCUAAUUUAGUUGAAUAAUUUCAAGAUAACGGCCUAUAUUAAAUUGCAGACCUUGUUAAUGUUUACUAUUACAAUUUUGGCAUACAAUGUACGAUUUUGAGAUGUCUUUUAGGAUUGUACGCCCCGACCCGCCAGAACUAUGAUUUUAAGAGACAGGGUUGAAAAUAUACAUAGUCCUGUAGUUUUUUUUUCGAUUAUUAUUUUUUUUUUUUUUAAAUUAAAAAGUACAUUAUCAGUUGUUAGUUGUAUCUUGCUUUUGCAUUCUACGUCAAGCAAUGAAUGGAUCUAGGAAUACAACUGGCAAUAUAUUACAUUUGCUCUGAGAGGGAAAUGGAGUGGUGUUGAUUUAGGAGAGUUUGUGUUAAAAAAAAAGGGGGGGGGGACAGGAGUGUAAUCAUUUUAUUCUAUAAAGUUAGCACCGCCACAUUUUCUCGUAAUGAUUUUUGGGGGUGGGGAUCCUUGAUAGAAAGUAGAUUAUAAAAAAAACGCAAUAUUCAUCCUGUAUUGACAGUUUAUAAAUAGCAUCCUAUUUAUAUCUCGAAUUUUGUAAAAAUAUCAAGCAAAGUUUUGUGGGAAUUAUCACCAUAACAUCGCCAUGAAUUUGAGCAAAGUAAGCCAAGCAGUAGAGGUAUUACAGUAAUAUUUAGUCCACUGUAUGUACAGUGCACAGGUGAAAUUUAUUUUGUUGGGCUACACCAGUGCUUCUACAAAUUGAUUUCCCUGCGCCUAUGCCAAAGUCACAGGCUCACUGUGUUAAAUUCUAGCAAGUACACUUCGAAAUAAGGAGUAGGCUACAUAAAAUAAAAUAAUGAGUUGGGUAAAAAUAAAUAUAACACUUAUGUAGGCCUCUGGGUGUCAUCUCCUAACUGCAAACAGUAUUUAUUCAAGUUGAUUACUGUUUGCAUCACAUCCGAAAGAUGUCACAUUUGAUUUAAAGUGGAAAUUAAAUUAUGAACAAUUUUUAAUUUAAUAUUUCACAAUGCCCCAGUGAGGAAGUCACAGCAACCCAUAUAGAAAAAUGUACACCCCCCUCCCUGCAGACCAGUAUAAGGAUUGUUUGUACCACACCUUGUCUUUGUGAAGUAAAUGGGAUUUUAUAGUUUAAUUCACUAUUAAGGUCUUUCUAAAGAUGAUUUUGGUGCCCCUAAUUUUGGGGCCUGUUGCUCUUUACUCCAUUUUCAUGGCCCUGCCCGAGGGCAACGAGCACCCAUGGCAUAUAUUCUGGGAACUAUUUUACAUGCCAAACAGCCAGUGGUGAAAAUCCGUGUAACAUUAAAAUUUUGUUGACUGUAACAUCAUAAAUAUAUAAAGAUUAUUGGAUUUGUUUGUUAUUUUUUGUUUUUUGGGUUGCGGGGGGAGGGGGGGAAGGGGGGUUGUAGUUAGAAAACCAUGCAUGGUACAAGGGAAAGGGGAUAAAAAAUGUGUCCUAUGCGCUAUAUAGAUUGCCCCUUCUCGCCUUUGUUUGCUUCAUUGCUGUAUGGUGUUAUGUUAUGGCAUAAUUAUUACUGUGAUGAUUCUCAACUAUUCUGCGCAGUAAUAUUAGAUUUCAACAUAUUUUAUAGAAUCUGAGGGGCCUUUGAAAUCUAUAUUUAGAAUAAGCGGGGAAAAAAAUCUAUAUGAUUAAUAAUUGAUCUGACUUUAAGUUUGAAUCAGUUAUAUUUCACCAGUAAUUUUAUUUUUAUGAGUGAUAGACUGAUAAAUUCAUCUGUAUAACUACUCAAUAUAAAUUAAUAUCUAUAGCAAAUACAUGUCUGCAAAUCAAAGUGACAGCAGAUUGCAGCAUAUACGUCGGUCAUUUACUUUUAGAAUUUAAGUUUUUUGACGCCAGGUUAAUUCGAUCCCACUAGGUACUGUGAUGAGAGUAGUUAUUGCGUACAUUAUAUAUGCUCUACGUUUAUUUAUUUACUAUUACGAUACUGUAUUGUACAAUUUUGAGGCGAUUUUGUAUGAUUUUAGGAGUUAACGGUUAAAAAGGUCUGUAAUUAAUCGAAAUUUAUUUAUCGAGUACACUUCCUACACUAAUACUAAUAUAAAUUAACUUGAUAGUCUAUUCACAAUUGGCCUUGCUAUGAUUUGUGAGAUUGGAAUUUAUGCAUUGUUGACAAAAUAUAAUACACAUUAUAAUUAUAAGCCUAUUAAUUUUUUUCCUUGCAUAACGCUCAGGCACUGUCAGGUUACAUUACAAAUUCAACACACCAAAAUCAUAGUUUUCUUAAUUGCAAUUCAUUAUUCUAACAUCAAAAUAAACCCACUACUAGUCUAUAAUGUUUCUAGAAAUUUGAACAAAAUAAAUUUGUUAGACGGAAAAUAGUUCAACGGAAAUUUGUUUGUACCGUACAAAUUUCUGUUCAAGGAGUCUUUGGUCAAACAACAUUUUUUAAAAACAAUUUUCAUGUAACCACUUGAAAAUAUUCAUAGUCAUAGAGUAAUAAUAGGUCCAGGCUUUAAAUAAUAUUUUGGCAUAAGCUUAGGUAAGGCAAUGAUUUAUAGCCAAAAUGAAGUUUGAAAUGACAACACAUGCACCAAUUGUCAUACACUAGUUAAGCUUAUAGUUUAACCUUACCACACAAUAUUUUUUUUACAACCUGAUGCAGAUAGCAUUUAUUUCCUUAUAAUUAUGUGAAAGAACACAUACCAUCAUAAUGGUUAUAUCUACUUUUAGUAUUGAAUUUAGAAUCUUUUAUGUCGUAUUGUGUACUUAAUUUACUUUAAAUUUGUUCAUUGUUAAAACAGAUUUUUAAAUGUUUUCAGAAUCAGAUGUCCCUAGCUCAGCGACAGUUUGGUAAGUCCUAUGUUAAUCUUUGAAGCUAAAACUUACAAAACAAAUUAAUUCUUAAGAGCAUCAUUUCAUCAACAUUUUAAUGAGUACUUGUUUGCAAAUAAAUAAUAAUGCUGUUAUUAAUACAUUGUAUUAAUUACUUUAAAAAAAAAAUCAGUUUAAGAAAACAUAUAUUCUGUCGUUUCAUUACUUUUUUAAGGCUCUGAGUAAAUGACAUAAAUUGGAUGUAGGCAUUACUAUCACACAUUUGAAUGGUUUCCUAGGUGGCUUAUCUUCAGUCGUUAGAACCAUCACAUUAAGUGCCUUUCUUUCCUGAUCAAUUCCCUUUUGAUCUGGGCUACUAUUAUGGAUGAGCAGUGAAGACGCCUUGGAUUUCCGUAAUUUCGCUUAAAUAAAGUCAUCAUUAGCAGUGUUUCUUUUUUAGAAAUUACACCAAUGGCUCUUAGUUAAAGAAAAUUUUUACGACCCCCCCCCCUCCCCUCUCCCCAAUGUAUUUUUUACAAACGGAAAAAAAUUUCUAUCUUUGAAAAGGCCGCAAUUUUGGAAGUAAACGGUAUCAGGAAAACUGAAUGCUGGCUACACUACAGCACCUUCCACUCCUACAAAAAAAAAUUUUUUUUUUAAAAAUAAUAAUAAUAUUCUUCAAGUGUUUAUUUGAACACCUUUCAAUUUGAGGAAAAAGAAAUUCAUCUUUUAAGAAAUUUUUGUAUCAAUACAAAUACAAAUCAUUUUACCUUAAACAAAACAACUAUUUUUUAAAUUUUCAAACACCCCUUUUAUUGAAAUCUCAUAUGUAAACUUAGAUGAAAAUAUCAGGUUUUAAUUUUAUUGAAGCUGAUAAUUUUUGUGUGAUGAACCUAAUUUAAGAUACUAUUUUGAGCAUUUAUUCCAUACAGAACAAUGACAUUUUAUGAAAAUGCCUCUUUCUUCUAUUAUAAAUAAAAUAUUGAAAACAAAAGAGAAGUAUGGGAAUAUAUUUGUUUUAAAAAAUUGUUAACAAAUUGGAAAUGAAUUUUUUUUACCUGUCAUAAAGAAAGCUUAAAAUUACCUUAUCAAGGCAAUUCUAAUGUCAUUCUAGACAUAUAACAAAAAAAAUAAUUACUAAUACUAUUCUGAUACAUUCUAGCAUCAAUCAAAAAUGCCUUUCCCAAAUUGUUUUUCAAGCAUGCUAGUAGGCCCUCUGCUAAUUUGUAAUAUCCAUAUUCUUUACAUUUGUUGUUUUUGUAAUCCAGAGGCAGAGGCAGAAGAGGAAAGUGGUGAUUGGGUCUGCAAAGCUAAUGUUAUCUUUCCCCAGGGAGUUGCUCCAAAAAGUCUGCACAUUACAGUUGGUAGAAAUGAUGUAGCAGAAAUUGUUAAACAUGUAAGUAUACGAGUGAAAUUAAAAAAAAUGAUUGGUACCAAUUUAAUUAAAAUUCUACAUUAAAUGUGAUCUAAAAAUUAAAACUUGUAUUCCGUUUUUAUGGAUUAAUCAGUUAAGAAAACAUUAAUUAUUGUUAUAUUUUUUGAUAACUGCAAUACUAAAAAAUACUAAUGCUUAUGUAAGGUUUAAUUUUUUUUUUUCAUAUUAAAAGUCCCCAAUAUAUUUUAGAAGUUGUAACUUCAUUGAUUAAAUUACUUAUAUGUCUGCAAAGUCAAUUUUAAAUCCAUCUUUCAAGUUAAAUUGAAAAGUUAAAACAUGUGAGUUAAUACAAUUCUCGCAUGCAAUAUCCUUUAUUAAUGUUAUGUAUUUUUCAUCCUAGGUAAAAUCUGCUCUGCUAAAACAAAACACAGACUGGGACCCUAAUGAAUUUGAUAUGGUUGGAAGACUUGAUGAAAGGACUGUGCACAUGGAAGACGAUAAAUCAAUAAUGGAUUAUAUGAAUUACAUUAAUAAUGGCAUCAUUCUGUUUCAUCUAAAGUAAGUAUUGAAAUUAGUUUAAAAUGUAUGAUAUAUUCACCAUAAAAAAAUUUCUUGCAUUAUAUUUAAACCUCAGAAGUAUUUUGUACGAUUACCGGAAAUUUGAUCGAAAGAAAUUUCGUCGACGGAAAUUUGAUAGAAUGGAAAUUUGGUAGAAUCUUUUUUUCAGUUCAUCCGUUAAAAUUUUCGUCAAAUUUCUUUUUGAACGCACUAUACUAUAUAGUAAAACAAAAUAAUGCAUUCAAAAAAGAAAUUUGAAGCAAAAUUUUAACGUAAAAACUGAAAAAAAGAUUCGACCAAAUUUCCGCUCUAUCAAAUUACCAUCUAUCAAUUUAUACCGUCUAUCAAUUUACCAUCUAUCAAUUUACCAUCGACGAAUUUCUUUCUAUCAAAUUUCUGGAUACGAUUUUGUACCCAUUAUUUUUGCUCUCAAAUGUUUAUAGUAUUGAGGCAUAAACACUGUCUUUUCAGGACACAACUUACUGCAUAAUUAAAAGAACUACUAACGUAGUCUCAAGAGUAUUGAAUAUGGAUAUUAUUAAAGAAAAUGAGAUUAUUUAACUCCAUACAAUUUUUUUUUCUUUUUCUUGGCACCCACGAUCUUGGUACUUAAAAGAAUAUGCAUAAAUUUGUGUAAAAAAAACAAUAUAAAUAAAGCUUUACUUAUAAAACAAAAUACAAAUUUAAACAUUUGGGCAAAAUCCUUUAUCAGUACAACAAAGGAUACAACAUUUAAAUAAGACUAUAUUAAAUUUACAUAAAUAUAUAUAUAUAAAUGAACACAAGUCCCUAAAUUAGAGCGUUUUAAUUAUUAUACUUACAUAAAUAACAUCCAGAAGUAGACUUGUAUGGUAGGAAAUGAUCAAGGAGGCAUAUGGCCACAAAGACUAACAUAAUGAGAGAAAAUCAAUAAAGGCUGUUGGAAGUUAUUUUAAUGAUCAUUAUAAAGUGUCACCAAGCCAAUUGUUUAAAUUAGCAAAUGCUUUCAUAUUUAACAAUAAAACAGCUUCUUGUAACAGACACUGUAUCUUAUUGCAGAAACCUAGUGUGGUCAGGGAAUUAAAUAUUUGUUGAUUCAUGUAAAUACUUAAUGUCUUAAUUUACUCAAUAUUUAUACAAUUAUUUUUUAAAAAAAUGGCAUUUACAGAAGAAACGUGCAUACUUAAAUAUGUCUGAUAACACAAGAAGUGCCACCUUUGCUGAAGAGCUGGCUGAAAACGUUGACGUUAUUUUAAAUUGAAAAUUUAAAAAAAAUAUCAGCUGAUAGUUUGACAGUAGCCAAAAUUGUAGAAACAUUCAAAUUUGGUAUCAGUUAUAUUGAAAUUAGCCUGAAUUUCAUUAGCUUUCCUUCUGAGCCAUGAAUCCUGAGUUUCAUAAAAUUUCUUUAGCAUUUUCUGUUUUAUUUUGCAUAGAACAUCUUUCUGUACCUGUGAUGUAGGGAUUGGUCUGAUAAAAUGUCUGCACUUGAGGUUUAGUAGUCACUAUCUCAUUAUCAUUUUAAUCAAACCAUUCCUUGUUUAUGCUUUUUAUUGGUCCAUGGUGUUCUAAAGCAGUAGAGAAGAUAGUACCUCUCAAUUUAGAACAUUUCAAAUCAAUAUUUUUAUUUUCCUCGCUCAGCCUGCAUUUGAGUUUGACAAAUUGUCAUCUUUGCUUGUGCUUUUAAGCUUUUGGAAAUUAAGCUUGAUAUAAAUUUCUGGACUUGGUCUUCUCAACUUUAUUUUGGACAUUAUUAAUCAAUGUCAUUCAACGUGAAAUCAUAUUAACAUCUCUACAAUAUGCUAACAAGACAUUGACAGUUUACAGAGACUUGCUAUACAGCUAAACCAUCUCUACCUACGCUGUCUACAUUAACAUUUUGACAACGUUGCAGACAAAGACCCUCAUACAGAUGUCAUACAAUGGUCUGGUUUUAUCAGCAUCCACAUGCUCCUAUAAAAAUGACAAGCCAGAUGGGAAGAGAAUGUUACAAGAACGCCAAAAAGCAGACUUCCCAAACAUCUAUUUUCUGUGAACUCUCCAGUGGGAAAUGCGUAAAUGGUGGGCAGAAAAAUAGUUUCAAGGACUAUGUAAAAGCUUCACUCAAAAGAAAGGCAGUUGACCUUGAUUUGUGGUAAAUUAAUUGCUAUGCAUCGUACUAGCUGGCAUGACAGACUCACUGUUGGAGCACAAUCCUUGGAGAAUAAAUGCACCGCUCAUGCCCAAAGAAAGUGCAUGGAAAGGAAAAGCAGAAUCGACUAAUUCCAAAUAGAACCAAAACAAUGUGUCUCCUGUAGGCAGGAAAGCUUUCAAGCUACCUGUAAAACUCAGCAUGGAUAUAGCCUUGGUCAUCUUCCGAUGCAAAAGAUAAAAAACAACAAGCCAGAAUUGUAUUUGUAUAAAUGUUUAGAUUUAUGAUACAUUGAUUUUCUUUAGGAAUUUCAUAAUUUAAGAAUUAUUUACUCUUCACCAGGUCUCAGUGUCCAUGUUCAACAUAAAAUCGUGACCUAGCUGAGAUGGAAUAUUCAAUCACCAUGAUAUCAUGACCUCGUGGAACAUCAACUUUGAAUACAAUGCAAAAGAAAUCAGUGUGAAGUGCUUAACAUUUUUAAGUGAAUGGGAGAUUACAUGUCUUAUCUAAAAAUAUUUCUAAAUUUAAUUUUUCAGGAAAUAUUUUUGGGGGGCAGAUAAGCAAUAGAUAGCAUAAUCAGCUCUACUGAUAGUUCCCAUAUAAUUCAUGUAUAAACUAAUCCCCGUAUUUCAUUCAAAUUCUGCUACACAAAACACAGUUUACCACAGCAAUGGUCAAAGGGACUUCAUAAUGUGUUUUUUUCAAUAUAGGCUAAUAUUUAUGCAUUAUGCUACAAAUUGACAUGUAAAGUGUACUUAUGUCAAAAAAUAUAUUUUUUAAGAGUUCCAUAAUAAUUAAUAUUCAUUUAUAAAAAAUUUUUUGUUUGUAGCUUAGGAGACCAAAAAUUUAAUGAUGAAGAAAAAUAAUUUAUAAUACUUUAAAAAAUCUUCCCUACUGGUAGAGUACAAUUUUCCUCCUAGGUCAUUUAGCAAAACUCCACCAAAAAUUUGACCAUGAAACUUAUAAAAAUUAAGAAUGCACAUCUAUAUCAACAGGGCCCUACUUCCCAUCAACUAAGUGACCCCUGUCAAGAUCCCUGCAAGGGAUCUUUUAUAGCAAGUCCUUUUGGCUAUGUUUGUUUUAAUAAAUACAAUAUUGGACAGUGUAAUUUCAUAUUUCCCACGAAACAAUAAUACUGUCUUUUAACAGGGAAAUGAAUCAUUGGAAAGAUUUUAGCUAAAAAAUUAAGUCAUCAGAGGCUGGAAACAGAAUUACAUGUAAAAAAACUUAAAAUUUUUAAACCGAUUUUGUAUAAUUAAGAUAAGGCUGUACAUUAACAGAAAAGAGUUCCAUCAUAUAAAGUCAGUAGAAAAAAAAUUAAACAGAAAAUGUGUUUCAAAUUUAUAUCUGAAUUUUUGUGUGUGCUUAGUUGUGAUGUCAAUAAAUAAAGUCAGUCAUUAUUUUUUAGGUUUAACAUUUUUUAUGCCUGUUGUUAGUUAAACUUUAUAUCCCAAAAGUGGUCAUUUCAUUCUCAAUUUAUUAAGCUUGUUAUUUUUAAAAAUAAUACUGAUUGUCAUAUUUGUAUAUAUCAUUGGGACUGACGGUAACCAUAUGUUUAUCAGUAUUUAAAUUAUACAUUUUAAAUGCAAUACUGACAAAAAAAAUCACUAAACAAAUACAAUUGUACCGGUGACAAGUUUUUGCAAGGACUUCAAGUCCUCAUCUGAAAAUCUUGAAGGUAAUGAAAUUUGAAACAGUUUUAAAGACAUUUGUGCAUUUUAUCAUUUUUAGUCCUGGGCAUAUGCAUAUGUGCUGAUCAAGUUUUAAAUUUGAUGAACAGAUGAUGCAGACAUAAUGAUGCAUCAUUUAAGGAUGAAAAAAAAAAGGAUGCCUUGAUUCUGGUUUCAUAAGUGAUUUUAUAAAGAAAGAAAAUAAAUUGUGAUAAUGCCAUCUAUGCAGACUGGGUACUUAUGAGAAAAUUAUCCCUGGUUAAAAAUAGUCCUCAUCCAACUUAAUGUAAAAAAAAAUAAUGUGUUCAAAGCAUGCAAAAUUCUUUCAUAGCUUAUUAAGAAUAAGUUUUCCCUUUUGCAUACUUACAAAUUGGUAUUGAUCCAAAAAAAAAUUUAAAUAGCAUAAUAUUUAAAUAAAAUACUGUUGCC